AGGGCAGUGGGAGACUAAAAACAUGUUUAUAAAAUGCAACUAUAAAUUUCUUACUAUAUAUGGUCAACUCAUCAUCUGGUAGUUCGUGCUAAUUUAUAGGCUACAAGCUGUCUUACCAACUAUUUGUUUCAACUUCCAACCCCAACUACAAAUCUUAUAUUUGUUCCACGCUGAGGCAUACAUGAUAUUCGAUACAAAUAUUCAAUAAGACAUUGGGCUUUCGUGAUCUUAAAAAGAGAAAGCACUGUUCUCUGAAGCUGAAAAACAGCCAUGAUUCAGUCAUUUAUGCCCUCAUGCUUCUCCUCCAGUUUCCACGUUCAACCAGAAAAAGGAAUUCAUAUAGCUCUUCCGUCACAAAGGAGACAUGCAAAAAUUCUGAAUCAAGAUAAAAAAUAUAAAUAUACCGGCCCUUCUAGCUCCAACAAUAUUAUAAAGGCAAGAGAAAUUUUGAGCAGCAGUUGCAAGCUAAAGGCAUACAAAAACCAACGUUUACAAACGUUUUGUACCACAUCAGAUGCUGAGUUUCUAUUACAUCCAAAUGAUAAUCGGAAAGCAACUCCAAAGAGUCGUUUAUGGGAAGAAUGGGAUGCAUUUUACAGGUUUUGCCGCAUAUACACAGUCAAUGGCAUGGUUGCUGGAGUCAGUUCAGUUUCUUUACUACCUUUGACUUCAGUUGGAGAUCUGUCACCUGCAUUUUUUGUGGGUAUGCUACAGGCAUUGAUUUCAUUUGUUAUUUUGAACCUUUAUGUGGUGGGAAUUAAUCAAUUGGCAGAUGUGGAAAUAGACAAAAUAAACAAGCCACAUCUUCCUUUGGCUUCUGGAGAAUAUUCAAUGGAGAAAGGGAUAACAGUUGUUUCAGCUUUAGGUUUUAUGUGCUUGGCCAUGGGGAUUAUCUCUUGGUCUCCCCCCCUCUUCGUUGGGAUUGUUGCAUACAUUUUACUUGGAACGGUAUAUUCUAUCAAGCUACCAUUACUCAGAUGGAAAACAAAUCCCUACCUAGCUGCAUUCGUUAUAGUCGGCCUACAUGGGCUCACUAUUCAGCCUGCUGUCUUCUAUCACAUCCAGCAUGUGCUCGGUAAACCAUUCACUCUUAGCAAGUCAUUGGUCUUCGCUACCAUUUUCUUCAGCUUAUAUUCGGUUGUUAUUGCAUUGUUUAAGGACAUACCUGAUGUUGAAGGAGACCGAGCGUUUGGCAACCGAACAUUCAGUGUCAGGCAUGGCAAAAAGAAAGUCUUUUCUAUUUGUGGAGGCAUCCUGCUGUUUGCCUAUGGUUCUGGUGUGGUGGUUGGAGCUUCAUCCUCGUUUCUAAUAUGCAAAAUUGUGUCUGUGAUAGGCCAUAGUGCACUUGCCUCCUUGUUUCUUCUUCGAGCAAAGUCUCUAAAUCUUGAUGAUGAUGUGGCAACACAAUCCUUCUAUAUGUUUUUGUGGAAGCUGUUUUCUGCAGAAUAUGUGCUCAUUCAUUUUAUACGCUAAGACGAUGCAAGUAGUUCAACAAAAAAGAAGAAGAAUAUAACCGCUGUAGCUUCCUUCAAUAAGGGCUGUAGCUUCCUUCACGUGAGCAACUGCACAAGUGUCUGUCCUUUGCAGUAUCCCUGUAAUCAUACUUUGUUAAUUUGUUGCUAUACUUGUAAUGGCUUGUUGCUAUACUUUCUUUAUAAUUGGCAUUGUGCUUCGUCAUGUGUUAAUUAGAUGAAUAUAAUAUUCAUUAUGAAUUUUCCAUGCUUCUUUCAU